AUGGUAGCCAGGACAGUGCGUGAUGUGGCAGUUCCACUCAUAGCAAAUGUCACUUCUAGCAUCCAAAAACCUCCAGCUGGAGGAAGGUUCGAACUAAAACAGAACAUGGUACAAUUAUUUCAUUCUAAUAGUCAGUUUACAGGUUUACCACAUGAAGAUCACCAAGUCCACAUUCAGAACUUCUUGGAGAUUAGCGACAUAUAUACGCCUAUUGAGGUCUCUCCUGACUAUGUGAGGAAACCUGGAAUGGAAUGGAGGAAAUGCCCGUCCAAUUGUGCAAAAGCAAGAAGCAAUGCAAAAUAUGAUGACAAUGCAUUUCAACACUUUAGCAAAAGGACAACAACAAGCAUCGAUAGAAAUAGUUCAGCAAUAACAUAUAUGGUGCAAAUUAAUUUGCCUUUGAUUGAUGUUUUAAAGGGAAUCCCAAAGUAUGCUAAAUUCGUCAAGGAUAUUGUGGCCAAUAAGAGCAAGUUAGCUGAAUUUGCAACAGUGGCACUCACUGAAGAGUGUAGUUCAAGAAUCUUAAACAAAAGUAAGCUUCUAGCUAAACUAAAAGAUCCAGUUAGUUUCACAGUACAGGUAACCUUUGGUAAAUAUAGUAAUGCCAGAGGUCUCUAUGAUCUAGGUGCUAGUAUUAACUUGAUUCCUAGAUCCAUGCUUAAGAAUUUAGACUUAGUAGAACUUAAAGCAACCACUAUUUUGCUACAGUUAGUUGAUCGUUCUGUAGAUAGACCUGACGAUUUUGAGCCUGACUUCGAUGUUCCUUUUAUCUUGGGACGCCCAUUCUUGGCAACAGAAGGGGAACUUAUUGAUGUAGCUGCAGGUAGAUUGACUAUGAGAGCACAUGACAAAGUGGAAGUGUUCGAUGUAUAUUAUGCACUGAAGUUACCUGGAAUCUAUGAAAAGCUGUCUGCUAUAACCAUAAUAGAUGAUGAAGUCUUAUCUCAAUUCACUGUAGCAAAUGAUCUGUUGGGAAAAGUUGUGAUGGGCUAA